AUCACCUGUUAGCCGACUCCUACAUCGGACAGGAGGACUCCCCUGAGAUGCAGCAGGCAGCACAGAACAAGCGCAGGCUCUCUGUCAUCUCGGACGGCAAGUUUGAGAGGAGCUUCUCUGAGGAGCAGGCAGAGAAGAUGCCAAGUGAGGGACCGAAGCCACGAGUCUACACAAUCUCUGGCGAGAGGCCGAUGCUGUCGGACCAUGAGAACGAAAGUAUGGAACUGGUGGUGAUGAAGGGGGCUGCCCAAGAGGAAUGCCACCAUGGCCACCAAGUGCACAGCACUGGUGGCUCUCACGGAGUUAGCAGGCAUUGCAAGGGCUGGCCAGGCAGCCGGCAGGGCUCCAAGGAGUGCCCAAACUGCACCCGGCUGGCUGCCCCUUCCCAGCAUUCCUUUGACCUGGAGCAGCAUCAAUCCGGUGAGACCGGGUGGCACAGAAAAAGGCUGGAGAGGAUGUAUAGUGUCGAUCGAGUGUCUGACGAUGUCCCCAUACGAACCUGGUUCCCAAAAGAGAACCUCUUCAGUUUUCAAACUGCUACUACAACUAUGCAAGCGAUCUCGGCGUUCAGGGGCUACGCAGAGAGGAAGAGACGGAAACGAGAGAAUGAUUCGGCAGCUGUUAUACAGAGGAAUUUUCGGAAGCACCUCCGCAUGGUGGGGAGCCGAAGGGUUAAAGCACAAACAUUUGCCGAACGGCGUGAGAGGAGCUUCAGCAGGUCCUGGAGUGACCCGACUCCCAUCAAAGCUGAUUCCUUCCAUGACUCUCGAGAAAGCCAUGACCUUCAGGAUUCCUGCGGCACUUUGGAUGGCAACUUUGACUUGAACUGGGAAGCAGAAAAGGAACUCGAAGCCAUGGCAUGUGACGGAGAAGACUUUAUUCCACCAAAAAUAAUGCUCAUUUCUUCCAAGGUGCCCAAAGCAGAGUAUGUCCCGACAAUCAUCCGCAGGGACGAUCCCUCUAUCAUCCCCAUUCUCUACGACCAUGAGCAUGCCACCUUUGAUGACAUCCUAGAGGAAAUAGAGAAGAAGCUUAACAUUUAUCGGAAAGGCUGCAAAAUCUGGAAGAUGCUGAUAUUUUGCCAGGGAGGUCCCGGUCACUUAUACUUGUUAAAGAACAAAGUUGCCACUUUCGCCAAAGUGGAGAAGGAGGAAGAUAUGAUCCUCUUCUGGAAGAGGUUGAGUCGGCUGAUGAGUAAAGUCAAUCCUGAACCAAAUAUCAUUCACAUCAUGGGCUGCUAUGUUCUUGGAAACCCCAAUGGGGAGAAGCUAUUUCAGAAUCUGAAAAACUUAAUGAAUCCUUAUAGGGUUGCCUUUGAGUCUCCACUUGAACUAUCAGCUCAAGGUAAGCAAAUGAUUGAGACUUACUUUGACUUCCGCCUUUACCGCCUCUGGAAGACCCGCCAGCACUCUAAACUAUUGGAUUACGAUGACAUUUUAUGAGCUGGAGAAGACUUUGCAAGAGGAAGUUGAUCACCGGUGUCCAAGAAGUCGUGCUUACUGCAGAGAGACUUUUUUAUUGGCACAGGGAACCCUUCGAAGCCCUAUAGGAGGCAGCAGUGCUAAAGGGAGGGAAGAAGGAGCCCUCAGAAGUGUGUUGGGAGGAAAGUCUCCUGGGUCAAGAGAGACUGGAGGGAAAGGGUUUGACACCUCACUCGCCUCAGGUCAGAGCCGUGGUGUCUCAGGAGGAGCUGUGUGAAACGAGGACAGAUGGAGUUCCUUGCAGAACUGAGCUGUUUUGGGUCAGAAUGGGCCAGAUUUGAUUCCAGGUCCUUUUAAAGACUUUUAAAGCUCAGGUUUUCUUACACAAAAUAAAAUCAAUUACCCGUGCACUACAAUGAAGAAGUGACCAGAGCACAGAGGAAGGAGGGGUUUGUACUGAUGGGACCUUCUGUGCCUGGGGAUCUCGGAGAGCAAGGACUGCUACACCUACUCCUGCAAACUUCGAUCGAGACGAUCCAGUUUCAUUGUGAAUAUAUACUGGAAUAUAGAAUUGGAAUCUAACUCUUUUUUUUGUUUUGUUUAAUAGAAAAUAAGUGCAAUUUUUAUAGCAAGAGGGGCCAAAUCCCUCCCGAUAUUUUAUUAGUUAAAAAUAACACACCAGUAACCAAUAGAUGAGGUAUUUUUGGUCUGCUUGAAAAUAUAUUCAAAAUGGUAAUAUAUCUUCUGUAGACAUAUUUAAUCACCAGCAAACAUGUUUUAA